CCGGCUGGGUGUAGAGCGGAAGAGGCAGGAAGAGCACCGGAAGCUGGGCUGGCUGGAGAAAGCCGCCAGACACAGGGGGACUAGUAGAUUAGGGCACAGUAGAUGCUAGAAGCAGAGCCAUGGAUCAUCAGUGGCGCAGGCGGUAGGAGCAGAGGCCAGUGUGGGCUGCUGAGCAGGACGAAGCCAUGUAUGUGCUGGUCACUGUGCUAGUGGCGUUACUUUUUACCCUGCUUCAAAGGCGCAUCAAGAGUAGACGCAUGUGUCUUGACGUCAAAAGAUUGGAUGGCAAAACUGUGCUUAUAACUGGUGGUGCAUCUGGAAUUGGGAAAGAGACCGCCAUUGCUCUGGCAAGACGUGGCGCUCGUGUCUACAUCACAAGUCAUGAUGAAGAGAAAGGGGAAGCAGCCCUCCGAGAGAUUAAAAAGGAGAGUGCAAGUAUGAAUGUGCGAUUCUGUAUCCUGAACAUGGCAAAUCUGCAAAGCAUCCGUAAUUUCUGUAAGGAGUUCUUAAAUAAUGAAAAGAGUCUUCAUAUCCUUAUCAACAAUGACGGAGUGCCCGCUGUGUUAGACUGGACAGACAAUGGUUUCAGUAUGUGUUUCGGAGUCAACCACCUUGGACCUUUUCUUCUCACCAACCUCUUGUUGGAACGCCUCAAAAGUUGUGCUCCAAGCCGCAUUGUUAACAUCACUUCCAAUGUCCAUAAAUAUCAAAAGCUGGACUUUGCUGACUUAAACUAUAACAUAGUGCCUCUAUUUUCAUACUGCCGCAGCAAAUUAGCUAAUGUGUAUUUUACCCAGGAAUUAGGCCGGCAGAUGGAGAGGCAUGGAGUCACAGCAUGUGCUGUACAUCCAGGCUAUGUUGUUGGUGAUUGGACAUCCAAGUUUUCCAUCCUGUUCCGUAUAGUGAUGUGUGUCAUCACGUCAUUGUUCUUCAUCUCUUGCCAGGCAGCCGCUCAGACUGUCAUAUACUGUGCUGUAUCGGACGACAUUCUCCAGCACAACGGUGGCUACUUCUCAGACUCUAAGCCGUGCAAGUUACAACCCCAUGUGCAGGACGCUGGCAUUGCCAAAAAGCUUUGGGAGGCAAGUGAAGCAAUGGUUGAGCUUACCUCCUCCCCCAGAGAACAUUUAGCUUCAAGAACAAGAUAGUUUCAGUAUAACUGAAUAUUUUAGUUCUUUAUCAGAUGUAUAAUGCUGAAUGAGAAAUAUUCAUUCUCCUGUCUAUACUAAGCGAGUUUGAAGGUAGCUUUGAAGAAUGUAAAUAUUUAAAUGAUCUUAAGUCUCUCCGUAUAGUGAUUUACACCUGCUGCUGCUUCUCCGGACGCUCCUGAGUGCAGCUCACGUGGAAUUUAAAUAAUGCUUUGUGUUCUCAGUCUAUUAAUAGGUAACCGUAUUGUAUUUCUGUCUCCGUUUGGUGUAAUAUUUGAAAUGACUGUCCCUUGUAUGUGACCCUUCCCUGCUAAUCAGUUCUUGAUAUAAGAAAGAGAUUUGUGACAUUCCAAAGUGUGUAUGUAUCUUACCAAUUCCCUGAGUAUUGUAUAUACUGUAACAUUAUCCCUGCAAGCUAUAGUAUUAUACUCUGUUCCUUAAGGCCUAGAUAGGCUGACUGCAAUGCACUUCAGACUGGUGUGCAUAGGGGGAAAAAUAUGCUGAUGUUGAAAAUGUUAUCUGAAAUAUAUUUAUGGUUACUUUCCAAAAAUAUACAUUCUAUAAAUGUGAAAAUGUUAUUAGCUGUCUUAUGUAAUGGCGUCUGUAUUUUAGAUAGGAGAGUACCCUUUUAUCUUUUGUUUUCUAUUAUUGAAGUGAAUAUGAUUGAUGUAGGGCAUGUUAUCUUGCACAACAAAUCCUUACCAGUACACUUUGUUUUUUAUUAAAGACUUACAUUCUG